UUAACCAAAACAGCAAAUAUUUUCGAACGUGGAAACACUUGCGGGGUCCGGACGACGUGCGAUUUCGAUGCGAUUAGGGAAACAAAUUAACCGGCAAAAAUGUACAGAACUUUGCCCAGGAAAACGUACCGCCCGCACCGUUUGUGACCGUUUCAUGUGUCUAAGUGGUAAUUAAAACCCCCUCCUUUCCUUCCUGCUUCCGAACGAGUAAGCCGAGAGACAGCUCACAGUGCCCCUGGCAUCUGCCACGAUGAAGCUGAUCCGCAAGAACGUCGACAAAACGGGCGAUGGGAGUGUUGUCCUGGUGCCCGAAGAUCCGGAGGAUAUGUGGCAUGCGUACAAUCUAAUCGCAGAAGGCGACCAAGUCCGCAGCAGCACGAUCCGGAAGGUACAAAAUGAAUCCUCCACGGGGUCAUCCAGCAGCAGCCGCGUUCGCACGACACUCACAAUUAGCGUCGAGACGAUAGAUUUCGAUACGCAGGCUCAAGUGCUGCGCCUCAAAGGCCGCAACAUCGAGGAGAACCAAUUCGUCAAGAUGGGCGCCUAUCACACGAUCGAUCUGGAGGUGAACCGUGCCUUCACGCUCACCAAGCCGGAGUGGGACUCGAUCGCGCUGGAACGCAUCGAGAUGGCGUGUGACGUCACGCAGAAUGCCGAUGUGGCGGCCGUCAUCAUGCAGGACGGGCUGGCGCACGUCUGCCUGAUCACGUCCAGCAUGACGCUGGUGCGGAGCAAGAUCGAUGUGGCGAUCCCGCGCAAACGCAAGGGCUACGUGCAGCAGCACGAGAAGGGCCUGAACAAGUUCUACGAGGCGGUGAUGCAGGGAAUCAUGCGGCACGUUAACUUCGACGUGGUCAAGUGUGUGCUGAUCGCGUCGCCCGGCUUCGUGAAGGAUCAGUUCUACGAGUAUAUGUUCCAACAGGCUGUAAAGACUGACAACAAGGUGCUGAUAGAUAAUAAAAGUAAAUUUAUGCUGGUUCAUUCGUCCUCAGGAUUCAAGCAUUCUCUCAAAGAGGUCCUACAAGAUCCGGCCGUGAUCGCCAAAAUGUCCGACACCAAGGCGGCCGGUGAGGUGAAAGCGCUGGAAACUUUCUACACCACGCUGCAGCUCGAACCGGCAAAGGCGUUUUACGGCAAAAAGCACGUUUGCAAGGCAGCUGACGCUCAGGCAAUUGAAACGCUGCUAAUUUCGGACAAUCUUUUCAGAUGCCAAGAUUUGGCCACACGCAAAGAGUACGUCCAGCUGGUAGAGUCGGUGCGAGAUUCCGGUGGUGAGGUUAAAAUAUUCUCCAGUAUGCAUGUCUCCGGCGAGCAACUCGCCCAGCUCACCGGUGUGGCGGCAAUCCUGCGCUUCCCAAUGCCAGAACUCGAGGACAGCGAUAACGAAGGAAGCGAUGGGUCCGAGUCGGAUUGAACACAGACAGAGACCCACGAUGCAGCGUUUGUGUCCCUCUCCUUACGACCGCUAACUAAGUGUAUUUGUCUCGUUUGUGUGCUUUUACUGCUUAAGAGUUAAUGUAUUCGCGUGGGUUUGAUUUAUACCGUAGGGGGGAGGUCAGUCAUAGGAAUCAUAAAACUUGAAUUGUGUCGUAUGUUUCCCUUCUGUGACAAUCAGCUCCGCUUAGUUGCAGACAUUAUACGUUUUGUUUUUUUUUUUUUAAUUCACAA